GCACAGGGGCCCGAGCUGUCAGUGGACAAUGACGCUUUCUUGAUUCAAGCGCGUCAGAUCCUUCAGCAGUUCCAAGAGCGGGAGAAGAAUCGCAAAAAGGGUAACUUUACCGAAGUGGAGGAGGUGGUGGAUCCUGCGGAUGCACCAAAAAGUGAGCCACCACCAAAGCCGUCUUUGCGUGGUAGUGCUGCAGCGAUGGUGAAGAAGAAACUGCAAAAGCCUCCUGAUCCACGACUUGUGGUCAAGUGCAAGCCGAUGCCCCAACCACCGCCUGCAAUGAAGGGGAAGGCCCGCGCCGCUCCUGCUGAUGCAGUGCCACCGGCAGCGCCAGAUCCAGCUACCAGUGGCCUGAAGCGCAAGAAUCAGCGUGAGCCCUCAGUGUACGAUCUGUUGGAGUUCUUUGCUGGAUGUGGAGCGCUCACGGAUGAAGCUCGAUGCAGCGGCUAUCGCACAGCCAGUGUGGACAUCAAGUAUGUUCCUGGUGGUGCUAUGGAUUGCAAUGCUCCUGCUGGCUUUGCGUUUAUUGUCACCUUGUUUUUGCAAGAU